AUGGCGUCCGUCCGGCGCCCGUGCGCGGUGGCGCUGCUCGCCUGCGCCGCCGCAUUCCUCGUGACGGUCGGUGCCCAGCCGAAGGACAACCCCAUUUUGUCGGACCCCAACGUGGUCCCCAUCUACAUGAGCCCCGGCGCGCAGCCCACCGUGGUGAGCUGCUACAACCAGAGCAGCCCGUCGCAGGCCCCAGAGUGCAUGAUUCCGGUGCGCCGGUGCCCCGCCGGCUGCCGCGACCUCUGCUACGUGCACUGCCCCAGCUGCAAGCUCGUCUGCAUGUGUGAACUGGCCGGCACGGAGUGCUACGACCCGCGCUUCGUGGGUGGCGACGGCAACAAGUUCCUCUUCCACGGCCGCAGGGACGCCGACUUCUGCCUGCUCUCCGACGCCAACCUGCACAUCAACGCGCACUUCAUCGGCAAGCGCAACGUGAAGGCGGCGCGUGACUUCACAUGGGUGCAGGCGCUCGGCAUCCGCUUCGGUGGCCACCGCCUCUACCUCGGCGUCAAGAGGACGGUCACCUGGGACAACGCCGUCGACCGCCUCGUCAUCACCUUCGACGGCGUGCCCGUCGAGCUGGACGCGGCGCCGGCCGCCAGCUGGAGCCCGGCCUCCGCGCCCGCGCUGUCUGUCUUCCGCAUCGGCAAGGCCAACGGCGUGGUGGUGCGCCUCGACGGCCGGUUCCGCAUCGUCGCCAACGCGGUGCCGGUGACCGAGGAGGACUCGAGGGUCCACGACUACGGCCUCACCGCCGACGACAGCCUCGCGCACCUCAACGUCGCGUUCAAGUUCAACUCCAUCAGCGCCGACGUGCACGGCGUGCUCGGCCAGACCUACCGCCCGGACUACGUCAGCGCCGGGGUUGACAUGGGCGCCAAGAUCCCGGUGAUGGGGGGUGCCGCAAAGUACCAGGUGUCGGACAUCUUCGGGACGGACUGCGAGGUGGCGCGCUUCGCCGGAGAGGACGUCGUCCGCGUCGGGGCGGUCGACAUGAUCGACGAGCCGGCCGACACCAUGUGCGGCAGCGGCAAGGGCAGCGCCGGGCUGGUCUGCAAGAAGUGA